CCUGGUUUGUUUUUAUAUCGUAUGUGACUGAUCUUUCCCAUCAGGUUGAAGUGGAGGAAGAGCACUGAACUUCAAGCUUUAAAGACAUCAGGGAGAGCUGCUGAAGGCAUUUCAUCAUCCCCCAGUCACCUGACUCACCAGAUAUCAACCUUUGUAUUGGUCUGCAGUUGUUUGCUGAGUUCCAUUGCAUCACAAAUAUGAACCUUCACAACACAUUCUACAGCCAGCUGGACCGACACACACUGCAACAGCAUACAGGCAGAAGGCCUCAGCGACAUAAGAGACAGGCGCUGCAGGAGCAUUUAUAAGCUGAACAGCAUGAUGUACACAAGAAGCACUCUGGCUCUUCAUACCCUCCCAUUGUACCGACAAGGGGAUCUUCAAGACCGGCAAGUGGGACCAUGAGCCAAACUUUGAAGACACCCCUGUAGCUCUCCUCUAUGUGGUCACUGACAGCUCCACUGGUACCAUCCGGUUCAACCCUGACAGCAUUUCUGAUGUGAUUGAACCUUGAUGUGACGGGUCUCCCCAGGUUGGAUGAUGCACAUUUUCAUAAUGUUGGUUUUUAUCUGAAGGUGGAGUGCAACAGCAAAAUGGACCCAACAACAACCUCAUUCCUAAAGAUGGCGGAUGCCGGUGGUCUCCCUCAGCUGACUCAGCCAGCGAAACUGACCGAGGCUUUCAAGUACUUCAUCCAGGGAAUGGGCUACAUGGCUUCAUCUUGCAUGACCCGCCUGUCCCGCUCACGCACCACCUCCCUCUCCUCCUCUUACUCCAUGGAUGGGUCCCGCUCUCGCUCUCGCACCCUGUCCCAGGGCUCGCAGGGCGGUCAGAUGCCGCCUAGCCCCUCCCAAACGAUGGAGGUGUCCUGCUGAAGCAAAAAAUA